ACAACGCACGCACGGAGCACUCGCGACACGCCGGACGUUUUUGAGCGGCAACGGCUGCGCCCCAAUAUUGCGCAUACGACGUGUGGGACGGGAGGGGAGCGAGCGCGCCGUGUGGCACGGAAUAAAUAGUUCACAUUUGUUUUGCUGCCGCUGCCGUUUGUUGUUGCCAUUCGCGAAUAUCAACUUUGUGUUGUAUUCACGUAUUUUCGUAUUUAUUUUAGCAACAAUUUGUAUUGUGUGUGUGCGUGUUUUUUUUGCCGUGUUUUUUCUUUUUUGUUUGAUGUGCAAAUUUGUUGAACCGAUUUUCAAGCAAAUAAUCGCUGCGAAUGGGCCCUGUGAUUGCCCGUUUAUCAGCAAAUCGCAGUUGUAGUUCGCCCCUGAUUGCCAACGGCUGUGUGUGACAUGUAGCCCGAGAGAGAGCAGAGAGAGGAGAGAGGAGAGAGGAGAGAGGCGAGAGGAGGGUGUGUGUGCGAGCCUUGGAGAGGGUGUGUGCGCGUCGCAGGAGUGGAUCCGGAAUCGGUAUCGUAAUGCAAAGACGGCGUUAUGGCACUACAAGGCUGGCGCUUUUUCGGUGUCUCGGCGACCAUCAUCAUCUACAUUGGCGGCGUCCUCUUCCUGUCCAUGAACAACAUACCCGGCUCGCAUCCCAAGAGGCCGCGCAUCGAACGCUUUGCCGAGUUUCCCAGCUUUCAUAGUCCUCGGUUCCCGAUGCCCAGCCGCAAAAUGGCCAUCCGCUGGUGUCGCGACCUCAAGUACAUAAAUCGAGAUCUUCCAAACUACACGGACUACAAGGCCGACUUUUACACUGCCCUGCCCAGUGACAUGAGCGCCGCCUUGCAGUCCUUGCCCGCCCUUACCGCUCUGGCCAGCUUUCCGGGCAGCGGCAACACCUGGCUCAGGUAUUUGCUCCAGCAGGCGACGGGCAUAUUAACCGGCAGCAUCUACAAGGACUACGGCCUGCUGAAGACCGGCUUUCCGGCGGAGAACGUGUGCAACAGCUCAGUAUUAUUGGUGAAGACGCACGAAUGGGGCGGCAAGGCGUGGGCCCCGUUCUCGAAAGCAAUACUCCUGGUCCGUGAUCCGGAGAAGGCGAUCAUAGCCGAGUUCAAUCGCCAGAGCGGCGGUCACAUUGGCUUCGCAUCGCCGGAUCGGUACAAGCGGACCAAGGGCAAAUAUUGGCAGCAAUUCGUGAGCAAUAAGCUCAAGGGCUGGGAGCUAAUGAACCUCAGUUGGGCGCGCAAUUUCACUGGCAGCCUCAAGGUUGUGUUCUACGACGAUCUGGUCCACCAUACGGAGAGGGAGCUGCGCUCCAUUUUGGACUUCCUGCAAUUUCCGGUCAACGAGCCGCUGAUGCGCUGCGCCAUCAUGCGCAAGGAGGGCAUCUUCCGGCGGAAGAAGCGGCUGCUCUCCUUUGAUCCGUACACGGAGGCGAUGCGGGCAGAGGUACAGGCCCGUCGGCGCAUUGUCUACGGCUUGCUGGGUCGGCAGGAGCCUUAGAAUCCUUAGAAAUCCUUAAACGAAUACAUGCAACGAUGCACAAUGGAUAACCCGGAAUUGCAAAGCACCGGAAUCGAACAUUAAUCGAAAAUUCCCUGCUCAUCAUCAUGGCUUAAAGUAGGACCAAAGAAAAGUUCCGUAACGCCGCUCGAGCGAUCUUGAAGUUUUGCUAAAAACCAGAGGAAGGGAGAAUCAGCUGUCUAAUUACUACAGAGUCUUUGGCUUAGGACAUAAGAAAGUCCUUUUGAAAUCCUGUAGAUAUUGUAGACGCUCUCUCUCUCAACACAAGCAAGAAGCACGAAUUUAAAUGCAUGGCCGUUACGCAUCUUAACAGAUUAUUGCUGGAUCUUUGGCAUAGAUCUCAUCCAGAAAUCCCCAUGACCAUAGAUAGACCCAAUACGUAUUAGGGAAGGCCGAAUCCCGAUCGUUAUCCUUUCGCUUGGCUCGCUUGGCGCAUUAGUUCAAAUUUUGUUCACUCCUUAGGUAUGGUAUUUAGAGGCAUAAUACAUGGAUAUUGAUAGGCUCUUCAUAGAUUUAUAUAUAGAAGUACAUGUAGGUAACGAUCGCUUGCGUUUUGCAACAAGGUAUUAUGAUUCCUGAACGAAUUUAUGAAAUUCAUUAUAGGCCAUGUUGUGCUUCAUCGCUCAUCAACCCGAGAACAAAAGGAAAUUAAAAUGUCCACUCAACCCAUCCGCGCAUCCAUCACUCUCCUCUGGUCACGUUGAGUUCCCAUAUUUAGACUAUCCUUGUAAAAAGUUUUAUACACGAACUCUACAAUAACUUGUGAAAUAUUAACGAUGCGCAAAACGUAUUAGAUAAUUGUACAAAAACGAGAAACACACAAGUAAAACACAAAAAAGAAACAAUGAAAAACGAAAACAACAAAUCGAAUGUGAAACAAUGAAGUGGAUUUAAAAACUGAAAGUAACUGCAUUUUUAUUUACUUACUUAAGGAGGAGCU